AUUUGACAUUGAUAUUAAAACAAGCAUCGAAAUCGAUAAAAAAACAGGUAGCAGAUAAUUAUUGAAAUUGAUAGAUUGCUAUUUCGUAGAAAUUAUGUUGCUUAUUGCUGAUUAUACACGUAGAAUGUAAAUAAUUUAUCUUGUAUUUAGUUUAUCUCUCUCGUAGUAAGAAUAUUUUAAGAUCGGCGAGAGAUCCAUAGGAUGGUAAGCGAUGAAUAAUAGCCAGCUUUCAAAAGACUUAAUAUCCUUGCAAAUACAAACGUCUGUCAGAACUUUUUUUUUAGAUAGCAUUUGAAAGUCAAAUGCACAGAUCGUGAUAUUUGUGUAAGAUAAAGCUCGUCUCUCUGUAGUUUUUUUACUGCAAGUUCUAGAAUUUGAAGGAAUAAAAACAUCGUAAAACUUUUAGCAAAACAAGCGAAUAAAAGACAGUUAUUAAAUCUAAAUUUUAAUUUUAAGUUAAUAUCAAACUUAACGACGGUUUAAAUUUUAGAAGAAAUAUCAAUUCUAACAAUGUAUGUCGCGUGUCAAUCUUGCCGAGUGUGUUAGACGACAGAGUUAUAACGUAUUUAUAAUAUAUAAAGUAUUUAUAUACUUGAGAUACAUUUUUAUUAUAAUUCUAUAUAUAUUGUAUAUUAUAUCUCGCUAAUCAAUCACAAGCAGGACCUUAUCAUGUUAGCGUUCGCCGUUCGCGGUGUGGUCCUGCUUGGCGUGUUGAGUUGGUAUAGCGCCACUGUAUGGAAGAUGAUCGAUGGUUACUUCAAGGACCAGUUUCGCGGUUACUUGCAGGACGAAUAUCGCAAGCAUCCGCGGAUGAAAGUCGACGUCGAAAGUAUCAGGAUCGUCGAUAAGGGACCCGUUCCAAGCGUGUUGUCGGCCGAGUCAAGUCUUAAAUACGGCAUCGCGGAGAUCUACGAUUCUGACGCGACUUGUCCGGUCGACAUUAUAGACGCUUGUCAGCAAGCAAUCGGAGCUUCGAACGGAAAGUCGGAAGAAUCGGUGGCACGUGGUACCGGCGAAAACGCGGCCGACACCGUUGGCGUUAGUCCCACCUUUAAAAAUGCAUUCCCGGAGAACGAAUUUCCAGGUCGAUCAAAGCUGGAAAGUAGGAAAUCAUCGAGCGGCAGCGACGAAGAGAAUGACGAAGAGAGGCAACCGAGUGCUAUCAAUCAAAACGGCGAUCGUGAGAAUGAGGCGAUCAAGAAGUCUCCCGCGUCGUACUCGCGUCGUCUCAACGAGAAGAGAUUAUCGAAAGCCUCGAAGGAAAUCUUGAAAGAAAGAUCGCGGGAAAAGCCGAAGAAACGAAGAGUAAAUAAAAUUGUUCUGACGGAUACCGAUUUUGCCGGCGCGAAGAUCAGGAACGAUGCAAACGACGAUUUCUCAGAGUUCGAAGAAGAGGAUGGUCAGAGAGUCCGCGAGGAAGGGAUUCUCGUAUCUGAAUUGCCAUUCAAGCCUAAAGCGGACAUUGGCGACUUGGAUAGGGUUACUGCAGAAGAGUUUUGUCCUCUGACCUUGGAGGACGAGGCUUCCUGCGGAGAAACCACCACGUGGCCGUGACUACGCUUGAUGCACCGUCGUUGCAUCGUGGAAUUGAAAGUAUUAGAUCGCACGAGAAAAGUUAUGCGUUAACAGCGGGAUCUCGAAAGGAUUAGGGACAUGCUGAGAAGAGAGAGAAAGAGAAAACUGAGAAUAUUAUUAGAAUAAAUCUGUUCAAUCAGUUUUGCAGUUCUAUUAAAGACACUGAUGAUAGAUGCAGUAUGAAAAUAUUUGAAAUCUUCAUGUUUUUAUUGAUGUAUUGCAACACUUUUGAAAUAAAAUAAAAUAAUGAUAUAUAAGAUAUAAAAUAUCAUAUUAUAAAUAAACUAUAGCAAUAUAUUAUGUAGCAAUAUAUCUUGUUACCUUUUUAUUUGAUAAAUUAAUUCAACUAGAUCUUAACUAGAUACAACUUAAAUUUGUAUUAAUAUUUUGUCUUUUUAAAUCAUAUAUAAAAUACAUGUUCAUAUAUAA